CGCCGAUUCAACCGGAACAAACACCGUUACGGCGGAGGAUGCUGCGGCGGCGGAGGAGAUCGCGAUCGGCAAGGUCAUGGGCACGGGCAAUUUCAGUACGAUCCGUUGAGUUACGCUUUGAAUUUCGACGAAGGUCCUGUUGUGGAAGAUGGGGAUGUGGACGAGGAUUACGGCAGGUUCAGGAGCUUCUCGACGAGGUAUGCGGCGGUUCCGCCGGCGAGUAGGAAGGCGACCGGCGAAGAAGGCGGCGGAGGAAAAACGGAGGUUGAGAGUUUGGUAGCGUGAUGUGUAUCAGUCACCAGCUGUCUUCGAGUACCUUUUUUUGUUUUUGUUUUUUCCCCUUAAUUUAUCAAUUACUCAAUCAUCAUCUGCUGUACAAAUCAUCAGUAGACCUUUUUUUUUCUUUUCCUUUUUAAAACGAUAUUUUAUUUGGAUAUUUUUCUACAAUUUCUUUC